AUGACGAUGGUCCGACAACAUCCUCCGCCGCUGCCGCCACCGUUGCAUUCACCGCUGGGCCCUUUCCAGCAGCCACUCGCGUCUCCAAAUGGCCAGUUACUCCGGAGUGCUCCAGGCUUCGACCAGCGAAGCAUGGCUCAGCAGCUCCCCCAACAGUACGCUUAUCCGCUGUCGCGGCACAACUCGUACCACUCACAAGGCUCUGAAAGUGGAAGGAACACGGUCAAACCACCAGAGCACAUGCUACGGCGUAAGACACCGAAUGGCAUCCUCGCAGCAGCUUAUGAUGGCACUUCGGUGGAACAGACGGAGAAGCCUCAUGCCACAAAACACAUCAUACUACCCGUCACGGCUGAAUCAAGCAUUUACGGUCUCAAGCAGGAUUUGCCCCUCAGGUCCCCUAGCGUUCAGCAUGAUGCGACGGUGAACUGGAGUCCCAGUCUGUACUUCCAAUCAGGCUCCGGUCGAGCUCCACCGCAGAUUGAUUCGAUGCUAAACCAAAUCCCUCAAAUACAGAACCAUCCCCAGUAUCAGAUGUUCGGUAAUCCGUUCGCUGCUGGCCCAGAACAAAUGAUGCAGAGCCCUCUAGGCCCGACCGUAUCGAACGACCAAGGACCUUUUGGCCCAUAUUGGCAUGAUGGCACUUUCAUCCCCUAUCGUCCGGCUGCUAUGCGAGACCCGCGGUACUAUAAUCAUCACGCACCUAAUUGGACUCACCCACAACACAACGCAUUCAUGAACCAUGCAUACAACAACACUUUGCCUAAUAUGCAUAUGCAACCGCAUCCUUACCAACUACAGCAGCUGCAAACCCCUUUCCCCCUCCUUGGUAGAUCGGCGAACGACUACCCCGUUUCGUUCCAGCAUCCUCAUCCAAACCCCGCCUUAGAUUAUCAAGACCAACCGUUACCUGUACCACCCAGCCACCGCCCUCAUCCGGACUACUCGCUAGCUUCCAGUCAGACCACGCCUAUUGCAGAUCAAUUCCCUGCACCAAUAACGGCUGAGUUCGGUCCGCAGUCACUGAAUGCGCAGAGUCGAGAGAAAAUUUUCGCCUGGGCACAUACGGUGUACGUUGACCUGCUCAAGUACCUGCAAUCAACCCGCAAAGCUAGGGCACAGCACUCCAAUGGCCAACAACACUCCGCACCACCACAUAUCUACCCGAAGCCCCCGAAACAGCCAGCUGCAAAUUUCUCCAGUGCCACGAGUAGUUCUAGCAACGCGCACGCAUUCGAUGCCUCGCAGACGGCGACGUUCGACUUUCACCCGCAGCCGCACACGAAUAGACAUUCAUUCCAUAGACCGACGCACAGCCGCUCUUCAUCCGCCUGGGCCCUUGGCCGAGUCGAUUCAAAUAUCAAUAGAUCGUCAUGGUACCCCUCACAAACCUCGCAAACACCAACAUUCGCAAAUCCACAUUCAGUCCAUCCACAGAUUGCCGGUAUGGAACCAUUACGCCCUCUUCGCCGUAUGUCAGGUUCCGUUGCUGGAAUCCAUCAAACGCGCAAUGAAGUGCCCCCAAGCUUGACAGCAGCUUCCGCGCUGGAUGCUAUUACGAAGCAUUGUGAAAAGAGUCAAUGGAAUUGGAUAGAUGGCAUUCUCUUGGGUGGAUGUCUUGCUUACGCGCUUGGGGACUAUCAAAAGGCGCACGGGUGGUAUAAACAUAUUUUGAAAUUAGACAAGGACCAUGUCGAAGCUACUUCCAAUCUAGCAGCAACUUUCCUGGCUUUGCAUCAGAAACAAGAAGCCGAACAAUACUGGAGAAGGGCGGUGAAGCUGAGGCCUAGCUAUUUUGAAGCUGUUGAACACCUACUUGGAUUGCUGUGCAGUAGUCACAGGAACAAAGAAGCCGUGCAGAUCAUUGAAGAGGUGGAAAGCUCGUUGAAGUUGGUCAAGAAAGGGGAGGUCUUCAAGAAUAUAGACGGACAGAGUGAGUGCUCGACAUCAGCGACCGAAUCGCCCCAGUUGUCGGAAGCCUCAGAUCGGCCGGUAUUCGAAUACGACACGGAAAACGAAUCACUUCCUAAGGACCCAGAAGAGAUUGCUGGAGCAGACCAGCCAGGCUUCGGUUCCAGUGGCUACGCCGUCCCUGGCUGCGACAAUGGCCGCAUUCUGGCCCUGGUGCAUGCCAAAGGCAACAUGCUGUAUGCCCUUGGAGAUAACUCCGGAGCAGCAAAGGCGUUCGAGAAUGCGGUGCUCAUCGGUGCAGGCUUACGAAUGCAGGGUAUUGACGGUUUGAUCCAGCACAUUCUGUCUGUCGUGGGCUACGAUGGCUCAGAACGCUCUCCUGGUGGUCGUCGCACUCCUCCCUCCAAUGAUCCUAUCUUGCUCCCUCCUGAGCUAGCAGACAAAACCGCGAAGCUUUGCUUCCCGCCAAAGGGGGACCUGCCAGGCCUUGAAUAUGUUCCGGGCGAGGGGAUGGCUCGAAAGGCUGCCAUUUCAACUACGAGCAACUCUCUCUUGUCUUUGGCCAAGAUCUUCCAGGACGGCAUGGCAACGAACUCGCCUAAGGCCACCGCAUUCCAGAGUAAUUACGGGGUCAGGGAAAUCCUCGCUUUGUAUUACUUGUCGCUCGCUUUGCAGCCAAGUCCUUCCACGGCCAACAAUGUGGGCAUUCUUCUCGCCAGUGUUCAACAGUCCGCUCCCUCCAAACGCAUCCCGGUCUCAAACACGAUGCAAAAGCCAACGGUCCCAGGCUUGGUUCCAGGCAGUGGCAUAGCUCUUGCACUCGCGUACUACCACUAUGGACUGAUGCUUGACAGCAGACACGCUCAUCUGUAUACUAAUCUGGGUAGCCUUCUGAAAGAUAUUGGCCAACUGGAAGCGGCGAUUCAAAUGUACGAACAGGCAGUGGCAUGUGACAAGAACUUUGACAUUGCUCUCGCAAACCUCGCGAAUGCUGUCAAGGACAAAGGCCGCAUCAGCGAUGCUAUUGUGUACUAUAGGAGAGCCGUGAAAGCUAGUCCGGACUUUGCAGAAGCAGUCUGUGGUCUUGCGAACGCGUUGAACUCAGUCUGCGGAUGGCACGGAAGAGGUGGUAUUGCUGAAGAUCGUGGUUCUCGAGAUCGUUGGCAUGUGGACGAAAAUGGCAUGCUACUUGAUGCUAGGCUAUCAGGAGCAAGGAGCGGCGGCUGGAUCCACAAGGUCGUGAGCUUGGUCGAGAAGCAAUUGUCGGACGGUGAAGACUGGGGACGUGGAAUCAUGGACGAGCAGUUCAUUCAGGAUAUACUCCGGUCGCUUACCUUAACAGACAACUCGACCCAAGACCUGCAAGAGAGACAAAAUCGCGUGCGAGGCGUGCUGGUCAAGUGGCGAGGCCACAAGUGGGAAGGAGCUCGCCUUGUUCGUCUUGUCGAGCGUGUUAUCCGAAGGAUCUCGUGGCAGUGGUAUCAAGACAAGUACAAGUACCCCAAGGAACGACCCAUGGCAAGCUAUCGGCGACCUCAGCUACCGGCAGCAUUGACUGUGCCUGCUGCUCCCACAGUACUUCCUUUCCAUACCUUCACCUGCCCGAUGUCGGCCAAGCAAAUCCGCUUGAUCUCCCAGCGGAACGGUCUUCGAAUAUCUUGCUCGACAUUAAGGGCACCGUGGCUGCCUCGGACAGUGUACGCUCCUCCGCCUCCGCCGGCUCCUUAUUUGAAAGUUGGAUACGUCUCGUCGGACUUCAACAACCACCCUCUCGCUCAUCUAAUGCAAUCGGUAUUCGGUCUCCACAACAAGGCUCGAGUCAAAGCCUAUUGCUAUGCUACCACAGCUAGCGAUAACACAGCGCAUCGCCAGCAGAUCGAAAGGGAAGCGCCAGUAUUUUACGAUGCGAGCAAUUGGUCUGCCGAACGCCUCGUCAGUCAAAUCAUCAAUGAUGGGAUACAUAUCCUUGUCAACCUCAACGGAUACACCCGUGGUGCACGGAACGAAGUGUUUGCUGCCCGUCCAGCCCCCAUUCAAAUGUCAUUCAUGGGAUUCGCAGGAACACUUGGCGCCGAGUGGUGCGACUAUCUGCUCGCUGACGACACAGCUGUUCCACCAAAUACUCUUCGCAGCUGGCGCAGGAAUAUUGAUUUGGAAGACGCUCUUGUUGAUGACAACAGUGGUGGCGAAGACGAGAACUGGAUCUACGCUGAGAAUAUCAUCUACUGCCGCGAUACCUUCUUUUGCUGCGACCAUCGGCAGAGUGCUCCGGAUGCUCAAGAGGAACAGCUAAACUGGGAGGAGGAGCAGAAAAGGAGAUGGAACAUGCGGAAAACAAUCUUCCCCAAUCUUCCUGACGACGCUAUCAUCCUAGGUAAUUUCAAUCAGCUGUACAAGAUCGAGCCAACGACCUUCCGAACCUGGCUUCGUAUCCUCCAAAAGGUCCCCAAGGCGAUCCUCUGGCUGCUCCGCUUUCCCGACCUGGGCGAAACCAACCUCAAGCAAACGGCACAAUUAUGGGCAGGCUCUGAGGUUGCCAAUCGCGUUAUUUUCACAGACGUUGCCCAAAAAAGCCAGCAUAUUGCACGAGCCCGUGUCUGCGAUUUGUUCCUCGACACGCCCGAAUGCAACGCACACACGACCGCCGCCGACGUUCUUUGGUCAGGCACACCGUUGCUCACUCUGCCAAGGUACAACUACAAAAUGUGCUCGCGCAUGGCAGCUUCGAUCCUCAAAGGCGCGCUCCCGAAGAAUCAGGAAGGCUUCCAGGCUGCAAAGGAACUUAUUGCAGACAACGAUGAAGACUACGAAACGAAGGCUGUUCGACUAGCCCUCAACUGCAAGUAUCAAGACGGCCGCGCUAUAGGCCGGUUGAGCCAGCUUCGACGCACCCUAUACGAAGCAAGAUGGAGCAGUGGCCUGUUCGACACGAAGAGAUGGGUACGAGACCUGGAAGAAGCAUACGACAUCGCAUGGAGGAAGUGGGAAAGGGGCGAAGGCGGCGAUAUUUGGCUGAAGAAGACGCCGCGCCCCAUCACCGCGACGUAA